AUGGCGUCUGCAUUGACGCGCGCAAACCUCCGGGCACCGCUUACCCGACCGCAAGCAAGCAGCCUGCUGGUCUCGAGUCGGUUGUUCAGUAUAUCGUCAAACUCGAGUCUACCCUCCAACAGCUCGUCAUCAGCCUCCAACUUUGGCAUUGGCUCCGGGCCUCUACCGACAUACUUCCAGAAACCUCGUCUGCCCGCUAACACCAUCGUCCGAUUCGUCCCGCAACAAACAGCAUGGAUCGUCGAGCGCAUGGGCAAGUUCAACCGCAUCCUGGACCCGGGUCUGUCGGUCCUGGUGCCGUUCAUCGAUCGCAUCGCCUAUGUGAAGAGCUUGAAGGAGGCGGCGAUUGAGAUCCCGAAGCAGAGCGCCAUCACGGCAGACAAUGUCACCCUGGAGCUCGACGGUGUGCUGUUCACGCGGGUCUUUGACGCGUACAAGGCAAGCUAUGGCGUGGAGGACGCCGAGUACGCCAUUUCCCAACUCGCACAGACUACGAUGCGCUCCGAAAUCGGCCAGCUCACACUCGACCACGUCCUUAAGGAGCGUGCCGCGCUCAACACCAACAUCACUGCUGCCAUCAAUGAUGCUGCCGAGGCGUGGGGCGUCACUUGCCUCCGCUACGAGAUCCGCGAUAUCCACGCGCCCGCCGCCGUCGUCGAGGCCAUGCACCGCCAAGUCACCGCCGAGCGAUCGAAGCGUGCCGAGAUUCUGGACUCGGAGGGUCAACGGCAGAGUGCAAUCAACAUCGCCGAGGGUAAAAAGCAGAGUGUGAUCCUGGCGUCCGAGGCGUUGAGGGCCGAGAGGAUCAACACGGCCGACGGUGAGGCCGAGGCGAUCCGGCUCAAGGCCAUGGCCACGGCGCAAGGUAUCGAGGCGGUGGCCAAGAGCAUCACGGACGGAAAGGCGGGCGCCCAGAGCGCCAUGAGCUUGAACGUCGCGGAGAAGUACGUCGACGCAUUCGGCAAGCUGGCCAAGGAGGGCACGGCGGUUGUCGUCCCCGGGAAUGUUGGCGACAUUGGUGGGAUGAUUGCCUCGGGGCUUAGUGUCUAUGGCAAGGUGAAUGAAGCACAGGCCAAGGCGCUGGCAAGGAGGGCCAUUGAGCCCAACAGUGAGGAGAGCAACGAGGCGACUAAGGGGGAGGCCUCAGUGGAGAUCCACAAGAAACAGAUGAAGGACACUGUCCUGGAGGGUUUCAAUGAGACCGCCGGUAGUCGGUAG